GAAUUGCAGGAAAAUGGGUCAUAAAGUCACUCAAAAGCUGUACAUUCACUCCAUAUCAGACUCAUAACCCUCUAUCCACCCUUCUCAUUUUCGCCUCUUCCCUUUCAUUUAUUUUCUUCCCCAAAAGAAUCCAAAUUUUGGGUUCUACUUCAAUUAAAGGAAAUCUUUUUUCUUUGUUUGGUUGUGUGAAUUUCCCUACAGAAAACCAAUUUCAAUAUGUAAUUUUAGCUUAAUUUUCUAUAUGGGUAAUUUUAACAGAAAGACCUGAUUUAAAUAUGCAACUUGUAUAUUCACUUACUUUUUUCUGUUAUUAUUCUGACUGUUCUGAGAUUGAUAUCAGGUUUCCUAAAAGUUUUUGGGUUUUAGUACUUCAGACUGAUUAAAAAAAAAAGAGUCAGUACUUCUUACAGUUUAUCAGAAAUAUAUGAGUUUUAACUUUUAAUUUGAUAAAGUCAUAUUCUUUUUAUUAGUAAGAAAUAUUAGGCCUUUGUUGAAGUUUGUGGAGGGAGGAUAUGGGAAAGCAGGGGCCUUGCUAUCAUUGUGGAGUUACAAGCACUCCCCUUUGGCGGAAUGGUCCGCCAGAUAAGCCUGUUUUAUGCAAUGCGUGUGGGUCAAGAUGGAGAACAAAGGGUACACUAACCAACUACACUCCACUGCAUUCUCGUGGAGAGGCAAUUGAAAGUGACGUUUCCAAUUUUCCUAAAGUAAAGAAUCCAUCUUUAAAGCUGAAAGAGGACAAGUUGCACAAAAGAAAACAGAAUGAUAUAAUUGAAGAGGCCAAAGGGGAAGAAGCUGGAUUUGCUCUCUAUCGAAGAGGUCUGGAAGAGGAUACAAGCACUAGGUCCAGUUCGGGCUCGGCGAUAUCUUACUCGGAAAGCUGUGUUCAGUUUGCCAGUACGGAUGCCAAGGAUAUCAGAGGUUCUGCACAAUCCAAUGCAUGGGAUUCACUCAUUCCCUCAAGAAAGAGGACAUGUGUUAAUCGUCAAAAGCCAUCUUCAGUUGAAAAGCUCACAAAAGAAUUAUAUUGCAUAUUACAUGAGCAAGAGUUGUCAUACCUCUCAGGAACUUCAGAGGAGGAUCUACUUUUUGAAACCACAACUCCGAUGGUUUCUGUUGAAAUAGGGCAUGGUGGUGUCCUUAUAAGGCCCCCAAAUUCAUUGGCACAAGAAGAGGAGUCAGAAGCCAGCUCUCUUCUCACAGAAAGCAAGGCACAUUUUCUAAAUGACGAUUGUUCAAGAUCAACAUCCCAUCAUGUAAAUAUUCCAAGCAAGGGAUGUAAUUUCUCUGAAGUGGGUGAUGGAAUAGUUAAGACCAAUAUUGGAGAACCAAUUCAAGAAGAUUCACAAAGGAACAAGACAUCUGAUGAUGAAUGUGAUAUUCUGUGGAGUAGUAAUUCACCUCUUAUAUCCAUAGAUCUAAAAGAUGUUAUAAAUUUUGAAGAGUUUACAAGGCAUUUAGUACAUGAAGAGAAAUUGACAAGCUAUCUAACUUCUGUAGAUACCAACCAGCUUCCUGAAAGCCUUAAAAGAAUGUUUGAUAGCCAUCAGUUCCAGGAGACCUUAUCCAGCUUCCAACAAUUGCUCUCAGAGGGCAUCUUUGAUAAUUCUUUCUCAGGAGAAAACAUAUGGGAGUUCAAGAUUUUAAAGAAGCUUGUUUUGAAUGACAUGGUGAAAGCCAGAUGGGUCGAACAAUAUAAGCUGCAUAAGGUACCAAAAGGUAAACAAAUAAGGAGAGAAAAGGGGGUUCCUAGUGCAUUUCGGUUCCCCGAUUGUCAUGAUGCUGUUGAACUCAAGACUAAUCAUGAUGGGCCAUGCCGUCAAAAGUUUCCAAAGCCUAAAAGCUUGAUGAAGCUCCCCAAGAGGUUGCCGAGAAAUGGAAGCAUUACUCUCCCCUCUAUAAAAUCUCAGCCUGCAAACUCGAACGACAUCAGUGACAAGGCAAGCUGUUAUAAUAAGGAGCAAACCCCAAACUAUGGACAUUGCUUCAGUCCAAAGAGCCUCUUUGCUACUUCCUCUCCAGAUAGAAACUCCAUGCUUGAUGCAAUGCACGGCCUCGUCGAUGAUCCAGAACUGAUGUUGGGUUUCCCUUAAAAUGCAUCCUUUUGGAAACCAAGAAGAAUUGAAUAUGGGAAUUAAUCAUUCAGAGCCAUAACAUAACAUAUCCAUCCAUGUCAUUAUACAAAAAUCAUUACAUACCCAUCCAUGUUAUCAUACAAGUAGUUCCUCAUGGAUGUUUACUAGUGUUUGCAAACCAAAUAUUAUAUGCAGGCAUAGGUGCUGUAAAGAGAGGGGUUUGGGCUUUAGCUUUGGGUGCCACUAACUUGCAUUACAUGAAUGGGUGUGCUAUGUUCAUAUAGCACUUUGAGUACACCAAUUUUGAAAUGAAAUGGCAUAAGAAAUAUCAUAUGGUUGGCUAUGCAAAUGAUUAUGAAGAGGAUUGUAUUUUGGACUAGUUGCAACUAGGUAUAUGGCUGUAUGUACUUUCAUCUGCUGACAUGCACAAAAGAUGGAUCAUCUUAUGGGUAUUUAUGGUAGGUAUCAUGGAUUGAAUGAAAUUUUGGAAUUGCUUUUGAGAUAAAAGAACAUAAUUGAACUUGCUGCAGAAUUUA